UCUUUCUCUGAGAUCUACUAUACGUCUUCUUCCACAAGUUCCUACUCGUUGCUCCUAUGCUAAGAAAUAAAGAAAAUGCCUUGCGGCCGCAGUAAUGCUGCUGAGUGUCCGUCUACUGUGUAAGUAAACGCCAUCUCGAGAGGUAAGCUAUCUUCCUUGGUAAAGCUACCUAGAUGCUUCUUCUUCUUUGUUGUUUCAUAGAAUCCCAGGCUGGUUCACCACCAUUCUUACAUGGAAUGAACAAAUUUCUCAGCCUAGAAUGCUGGCGCCAAUACAAGUCUCCUCGAUUCCUUCGGUAUCCCCGAGCUCUUGCUCAAACCGACUGUCGAAUCGCAGACUCCGCGCCCUUAAUGAUAACACGAACACCCCACAUACUUUGUUCGUGCAUCCACAAUCUCUCGUUCACCAUGAAAUCUUCGCGAUACCUUCUCAGGUUCCAGUUCUCUCGUUUUUUUCUUCACGUCGUGCAUGAAGGCCACAGACUCAUCAAAGCCACAAUUUAUAUACAAUGCCUAGAACAAGUAGGCAACAAACUAGCAUCGAGACCACGCGACUAUUAUCCGUCUCAAAGGAAAGGAAAAGACGAUAUAGUCGGGUAGCUCGAAGGUGUUUUGUAGGACAGGUUAGAAAUCUCGUGCAUCAACCGGAUUCCUUGGUUGUGAUUAAUCAUUAGACGUUUUC